ACUUUGAUAGCAGCACCACGAGCGGUAUUUUCUACACGUAAAGUACAAUCUAGCAAUGUCUUCGAACAAAACCUACAAAGAUGCCUUCGCUCUUUUCGACAAGAAGGGCACCGGGAAGGUUUCCUCCCAUGACUUGGGCGAUUUAUUGAGGGCCGUGGGCCAGAACCCUACCUUGGCUGAGAUCCAAAGCUUGAUUGCUGACUUGCCAGACCACAACGAGUUGGACUUUGACACGUAUGUCAAAGUCAUCAACAGACCAGACGGGUUCAAGCCGUUGGGGACCACCGAGGACUACAUCAGAGGAUUCCAGGUUUUCGACAAAAAUUUGACUGGGUUCAUCGGUUUGGGUGAGUUAAAGUACAUCUUGACGUCUAUCGGUGAAAAGUUGACCGAGGAAGAAGUCAACGAGUUGUUAAAGGGUGUCAACGUCACUGAAGACGGUAACGUUGACUAUGUUGAGUUUGUCAAGGCGAUUUUGUCUCAGUAGGCUCUAAGGAUCCAAUACCCGAGGAAACUGAACCUUUCCCAGUGACUUCAUGUAUCAUCAUUUUUAUCGCAGUUAAUUAUUUUUUAUACCUAUUUAGGACAGUUUGAAUUUUGAAAGUUGUGC